CUUCCGGUGUAAGAUAUUGAUCAACUUGACCACUUUACUGAAAGAAAACAUAGUGAAAGCUACAAUGACAGCAGUCGUACCUAUAUUUUCGAUUGCCCCAGUCUUUCAUCUGACGUUUUGGUGAUCCACGUCCAAACUAGAAAGGUUUACUCCCUUUUGAAAUGGCGACAAUAGAGAAGUUAAUCAAGGCAUUUGAAGCCUUAAAAGUCUUUCAUCCACAAGGGACAGCCACAGAGGAAUCAUCUAAGAAAAAAGAUGUUGUGGUUACAAAGAAGGAUAAGAUACUAAACUGCAACAUAGUAGCUGAUUGCAUUUGUGCAACAAACAUGAGAGCAAUCACAGAUUUUCCAAAAUUCCUUGGAAUUGCCAUGGAAACAUUUCUGGGUCUAUGUGAUGAUGCUGAGUCAGAUGUACGAAUGGUAGGAGAUGAAUGCAUUAACAGAUCAAUAAAGGUCCUGUUAGAGACAAAUUUAGGAAGAUUACAGGUAGAGUUAUACAAAGAGAUAAAGAAGAAUGGUGCAUCUAGAAGUUUAAGAGCAGCUGUGUGGAGAUUUGCUGACAUGGCACAUCUGAUAAGACCACAAAAGAGCAGACCAUACAUAGUGAACUUAUUACCAUGUUUGGCAAGGAUUUGCAAGAGAGAAGAUGAAGCUAUCCAAGAAACAUUGUCAAUAGCCAUGCAGAAAAUCUGUCCUCCAUUAAUGAGCUUUGCAACAGAAUCAGAGGUUAAGGCCCUUCUGAAAGCCUUUUUACCAAACCUGCGGUCAAACCUUGCAUCAUGUAGAAGGAAUGCUGCGUCUAGUUUAGUAUUGAUCUGUCGUUAUAGUAGGAGUCCAGGCUCAUUUUUUAAAUACUUACUUGGAAUACUUGUAGAUUAUGUUAUACCAGUUGAUGGUGACCAACCACAAUAUCUGUUACUUGGUAUUCUGCUAUGUCUUAGAACGUUGAUCCCCCAUUUGUCUGACCCUGCCAAUCAAGAUCAUGGAAUGAAGGGAAGUUUUGGAAAUACAGCCAAAGAUAAGGAAGAUACAGGAAAUAAAGAACAGCUAAUCAAGGUUUUACAAAUAUUAGUGUUUAUGAUGAACCACAAAGAUCACAAUGUUGUGAAUGCUGCUUUAGAAGUGUGUCAACAGUUAUUCAAACAUCCCACACCCGUGUUACUCUCUAUACUCAACACCAAGGGGAGUAUCAAAAAGACAACAGUGUACAAGGUGGAUGUCUUAUCACAAACAACAGACUUAGGGAUGAAUGCUGUGCCAAGUAUGUCUAAAUUAGAAGAUGAUAUUUCUGUAGAUGAUGAUACAGAUAUUUCUGAAUCUAUAGCAGACGAACUUGUCGACCAAUCACAUCUCAUGUCAGAUCUUGAAAAUGUUUUACCUGAUAAGAUAUUGGAUGAAGAUGAUGGAAAGAUGCAGAAAUCAGAGAAUGUGAAAAUAAAUAGUGACAGCAAUCAGGUUGUGUUUACUACAUCAGACACGGAAUAUUCUGGUCUUACGAUUGGUGAUUUGAACGAUGACAAAUCAGAAAGGUCCAAUUUAUCACAGAUGCGAACUGGUAGUCAGGAGACAUUAGAUAGCGUUCAGAGUCUUAGUCCAACACAUCAAACUCAACCUCAGUUAUCGGUUAUGCAGGACAUGAAUGGAAAUCCUGAAAUUGAAAUAGAAGUUUCGUCCGAACAACCAGAAAAUAGUUUAAAAGAUACAGAAGUUCCUUUAGAUUAUAUUGGAGCUUUAACUGAUGAUGAAAAACCUAUUGUUUAUUUUGCUAGAUAUAUAUGUCGUAAAUUUUUACUAGCUGGACAAAAAGGGGAGAUAAUUACCGACAGGAAAGUUCGUGUCAGUAUCAAAUCGCUAGCUUUGGGAUGUAUCAGUUGUAUACUUAACAUUUUACCUGAAAUCUUCUUCCAUAAUGUGUUCAAAGAUGUAGACAGUGAACAUUAUCAGUUGAUACAAGAUGUUAUGAUAUAUGCUAGUCACCUUGACCCACAGUUGAAGGGCAAUGUCACAUUGCUGAUUGGUAACUUUGUCCGGUCAGCCUUGAAAGCAGCUAAAGGCAACUUUAACAAGUGGACUGUCACUCUUGGUUAUGAUAGUAAAGCUCUUACAAUUUCCACCUUGUUAGAAACAAUCCUUGGUGUGUUAGACGAUAGUUCCUCCGUUGCUGUCAGACUGGCAUUGUCAGCCUUACAACUCUGUAUCCAUGAUCUGUUACUGAGUGUGGACAGUAACAUAGGUUUACAAGCUUUACUGAAGUUACUGGAAAUCAGAGAAAACCCAUACUGGUUAGUCAAGGUAGAAAUAUUAGAUUUAAUUGGAUCUAUCAACUUCAGAGUGGUUACACAUCUAGAAUCUUGUUGUGAUGAUGUACAGAAGGGAGACAACCACUAUCUAGGAAAGUUAAAUUUACAGAAGCGAGUUGUGUCAGAUAUCAUCAUGGCAUAUUUUGGUUCAGAUGACAUCAGAGUACGUCACAAUGCUGCACAGACACUUGUCAAAUUAAUUCCAAACCUGUUCUUUCCGGUUGAUCAUUCCCAACAUGAUCCUAUUAUAACAGAAUCCAGAUUCCAAGUUGAGGGACUGAUGUGUCAUGUGACUAGAGAUAGCAGCCUAGACUUACCUCCCCUUGUUCUGGGUCUAGUCAAACCAUACCAUGUGAUCAAUCAUGUGCCUGUACAGUCUGAUGUAGAGAGUAAUUUAUCAAGAAUUGUUAUGAACUUACUUCAUAUCCUAAAUAUGUCAGAUUCAAAACAGCUGACAUAUGGAUGCUGUCAUGCCUUAUGUCUACUAUCUGAGACCUACCCAGCCACAGUCUACUGCCAUUCAUGGUGUUGUGGUCCACCUACCCCAUUGGUACCUAAAGAUAGUACAGCCAAACAGACGGGUAAACGCCCUCCAUCAAGGUCACUAAGUUCAUGCAGUACCCAUAGUAUAGAUGAGAUGACCACUGGCUCUGGUGGUGGACUUUUGACCAUUGUCCUGUCCUUGCUCACCUCACACAUGGUCAGUCUGGACAUUAAAGCUCAUAGUGAUGCUCUGAAGCUGGCAGGAAAUUUAGUAGCUGGAGCCACAUAUAAGUCAUUAAAAGUUCUAGAUGAUAGUCAUCAUACAGAAGAACAUCCUGAAACUAAAUGGGCAGCAAUCUCUGACAGAGUUCUGGUUCCACUAAUAGACCAACUGUUCACUCAUAUAGCAAGGUUGCUUAACAUAUUUACACAUGUUAUAGAAGAAAAUGUGCCUGGUCCUCCUCAGAUGAAACCAACCUUACCCUCAUUACCAAAUGCUCCUUCUUUAAGUCCAAUCAAACGUAAAUCUAAGGUAGAGAACUCACCAGGUGGUGCCACUACUACGCCAGAUAAAUCAACACCUCAGAAACAAACCAAAGAAAAAGAUAAAGAACCAGACAAAGAAAAGAAUAAGAAAGAUGCAAUAGGAUUAUUUUAUAAUACUCCUCAUUAUAUGAAAUUAUAUGAAGUGUUCAAGGGAGCUUACUCAAAUUAUCAGCGUUCCUUAGACCUGAGUUCUACAGACAAGUUUUGUACAAUAUUAAAGACAGCAUUAGAUGUAUUGUCACAGAUCUUAGAAAUAUCAACGAUAUCAGAUAUUGGGAAAUCUACAGAAGAGUUCUUAGGAUACUUGAGAGUAACUGUUUCACUGGAGCCUACUGUCUCCAUCCUUUGUGUACAACAGAUGCUAAAAGGGCUAUUUGGAACUAACAUAGUAAGUCAGUGGGAACCUCAGCAACUACCAAACAUUUCACAUAAACCUGGAAAGGCCACAAGAAUGACAGGGAAUGUUAAACCAGGACUUUACCAUUACUGUUUCACUCAACCAUAUGCUCAUUUUACUCAGUCUUUAGCAGGAGCAACAUUUAAAGCUACCUCUCAGGCAGAACCAGAAGAUUCAUUAAGUAGUUUGAACUGGAUAAGAAAAUGUGUGGAGAGAAAGAUACCAGCCAUUUUAAAGCCUAGCAGUAAAACAGAUAAGUCAGCCAUAGCAGCUUAUAUUCGUCUGUUUGAACCUUUAGUGAUAAAGGCCCUGAAACAGUACACGGUGACCAGUGUGGUUCCACUACAAAGACAAGUUUUAGACCUACUCUCCCAGCUGAUACAACUGAGGGUCAACUAUUGUUUAUUGGAUUCAGAUCAAGUCUUCAUAGGCUUUAUCAUCAAACAGUUUGAGUUCAUAGAGGAGGGGCAGAUCAGAGAUUCAGAAGAUCUGAUACCUAACAUAUUUAACUUCCUUGUUAUGUUGUCUUAUGAGAAGUUCCACAGUAAAUCAGUGAUAAUGAUGCCUAAGAUUAUACAGUUAUGUGAUGGGAUAAUGGCUAGUGGACUGGAUCCUGUUACACAUGCUAUUCCUGCCUUAAAACCCAUUGUUUAUGAUUUGUUCUUGUUACGAGGAGUGAACAAGGCUGACAUCAGUAAAGAUUUAGAAACACAGAGAGAAGUAAUAGUGUCUAUGUUACUCAGACUCAUCCAAUACUAUCAGACUUUAGAUAUCCUAGUUAUUGUAUUACAACAAAGUCAUAAGGAAAGUGAGGAGAGAUGGAAACGGUUAUCUAGACAGAUUACAGAUGUUAUAUUACCUUCUCUAGCUAGACAACAGAUAAACAUGGAUAAUGCUGCUUCUUUAGAUGUAUUACACAGAUUGUUUGAAUCCCUAGCUCCUAUUGUAUUCAGACCCGUAGAUAUAUUGCUAAAGACAUUGUUACAAACCCCUGAUAACUUGGGAUCCGUAGAAAGUCUUCAGCGAUGGCUCUGCAUGGUUUUAUCUUUACUGAGGGUACUAAUGGCUCAUUCAAAGGAGGAAGUUAUUCUAACCAGGAUGCAGGAGUUAAAACUUAAGCUAACUGUGUUCAAAGUGACUGCCUCAGAACUUUCAGAGGAGGAGAGACUAUUAGUUUUAGCAUUCACUCCAGAGGAAACUAUAGCUUGGUUUCUGAUACAGAUAAUUGGUAGAUGUGUGGAUGCCAUUAACAGGAAUCGUGGAAUAACAGGAAUGGAGUCAUGUGACUUCCUGAUGAUACAGCUCUCACAACUUCUAUUGUAUAUUACACAUAUGUUUCAAUCAGGGAUGUUUAGAAAAGUAGCUACAUGUUCUAUGCAGAUAUCAAGUCAGGAAUCUCCAGAAUGUCUGUACAAUAUCAAACAAUUAAACCAGUACUUCCUGUCCUUCUCCAUGACCUCUCCGACCUUGACAUUACAGUGGUGUAACAUUCUGAUUCUGUUGAACUUUGAUGAUCAGAUCCUGUGGUCUGAUGUGAUGCAGACACCCAAAAGAUACCUUAAACCGGGUAUGAGCCAAUCGUUGAAUUUAGAGAGUUCUCUGUCACCACUGACUCAGUGUUGUAAUCUAGAGAUCUUAAGACAGGGUGGAUUGGUAUUGUUUUGUGAUUAUGUGUGUGAGAAUUUGAGUGAUGCAGAACAGUUAACUUGGCUAGUGAUUAAUCAUGUUGGAGAUUUGAUAGAACUGGUUCAGGAAUCACCUGUACUGGACUUUGUUAGUGCUAUACACAGAAACCCAGCAGCUAGCAGUCUAUUCAUCCAAGCCAUCCAUGCCAGAUGUGGAAAUGUAACCAGACCGUCUGUGAUAAAAAGAACUUUAAAGUGUUUAGAGGCUAUUCAUCUGUCUCAGACAGGAGCUUUAAUUACUUUGUUAAUUGAUAAGUUUUUAAACACUCACCAUUUAGCAGUUUCUAGGAUUUGUGAUACCAUUUCUUGUCGUCGGGUGGAGCUGUUACUGGCUGAUAAUGUUGAGGAGGCCAAGAUGCAGCUUCCUCUAGAAGAUUUAGAUAAACUCUUUAGAUUUAUGGAAACACAUUCACUCACAAAGAGACAUGCAAGAUUGUUGUCUUUGUUGAAGAAGUUUAGAUGUAAAAUUAGUCCAGAUGACAAUGUGUCCUUCUCUACAGAUAGACCACAUCCGAUUACACUACCAGAUAAAGUUACAGAUAUCCAACCUAACAAGGAAUGUUUUAUAUCUGUAGUAAAGGAGCAAUGCUAUAGGCCAGACUGUGAUACAAGGGAGUGUGCUCAUCUGUUAAAACAGCUUGAUUAUGCUGAUAUAUUGUCCAUAACAAUGACAAAGGAAUUCUGUUUAAGUAUACUUAGAGAAUGCCUAUACCUAGGAGCCUAUCAGACCAUGAUGAAGGACAAUGAGACGGUCAUUGUAUUAGAUCAAGAGGGAAACCGUGUGUUAUUAGAACCAGAGUUUGAUCCAUUGUUUCAGGCUGCUCAACUGACAUUAAACAGACACUUUAAUAAUAUUGUCAAUCUAUUACCUAUUCCACAUCAAAUAUUAACUUUUGAAAAAGCUGUCCUUAGACAGUCACGCUAUGAGGAGAAAUUAGAGGAUAUUUUAACUGAUUCUUCUUGGAUUGAAAUGAUAUUUUCAUUGACAAACUCUUUAACUGUGUACUUACAAGCUUUAUCAACAUUCCCAUGGCAACCAGAAGUGCCAGCAGAAUCUGUCUGUGAUAUUUGUAGAUUUUGUGUUUUGUCAGCUGAGGUUAUAGACUGGAUGUUGCAUCAUAACCAACUACCAACAUCUGAACAGCUGAGUUCCUGUUUACAUUGUGUGUCACUUGUCCUACAGAGUUUACAGCUCUCACAACAAGUAGAUAAACAAGUCACAUGGUUGUGUUCAUUGGUAUCCAUGGUUUAUCAGGUUGUAUUAUCAUAUGAAGUAUUACCUGGUGAAAAGCUGAUUAAAUCUCCAGCUCAUGAUACGUCUGAAGACCAAGAUACUGAACAAAGUGAUUUGCAGCAAAUAAUUAAAGCCUGUGAUAGAGUUUCUGAUUUAAUUAUCUGUCUCCAUACCAGAUUAAAAGGACCAUCUAACUUACUACCUUCAUUUGUUGCUGAUCACAUCAAAAAUAUCAUCUUAGGUUUGAGUAGACAGUCCGUCAUCAACAGUUAUGCCAGAGUACCUGGUAUUGUAUGGAAGAUAGGAUGGACACCAACCCCAACAGGAGAACCUAGGACACAGUUACCUCCCUUACCUCUAGAUUUACUACAGGAUAAAGAUGUUUUAAAGGAAUUUGUCUUCCGAAUAAACACAUUUGGUUGGAUAAGUAGACAACAAUUUGAAGAGACAUGGAUGAGUUUGUUACCAAUACUUAACCCUGUAAGAGUGGAUGAAGAGACAGAAGAAAUUAAUAGUCCUGAGGAAGAAGUAGAAAAAUCACAGUGUAUGGUGAUAGCAGUAAAAUGUGUGACCUCAAUGUUACUACAUUCAACUUUGACCCCUGUACCUGGUAACCCUAGCAACAGUAACUUUGAAAUGAGACCCAGAGAUAAACCACUAGGGUUUUUACAUACAAGAUGUGGUAAAAAGUUAACGUCUAUUAGAGGUGUGAUAGAACAAGAAGUACAGAAUCUUUACAAUAGAAGUAAUAGUAGACAGUUGUAUUAUAAUGGUGGGAAAGAUGAUAACAAACUUCUGAGAUAUAUGUUUGAUAGUAACUUAGAGAGAGAAUUAGGGGUAGAGAACUUUAAUUUAGGACAGAUAUCAGUUGAAGGUAUUUGGUCUGUCGUUGGAGCCCUCAGUACCAGAAUUGUGGAAUCUGAUACCUCAGAGUCUCCUGACAGUACCCCAGAAUCAGUCCAGACAAGUAAACAACAGUUUCCAUUGAUAACCAUAGAGAAGAGAGAAAGGUCCAUGACAUUCAGUAGUAUAGAUAUAAACUCCUGUCUACAAUUCCUACUGGACCUGUAUGGUCAGUGGCUGUCCAGUAGUGCUAGUCCUAAACCUCCUCUCAUGUUGAGGAACGAAGUUAUCAAAUCAGUUGUAUGUCUAUCUGAUGUGUAUGUUGAGAGAGACCAGUAUGAUUGGAUGUUAAACAUUUUAUUGGAGACACAGAAGAUCCACCCCUCAGAGGAUGAGAUGAUUAAUCAGUAUAUUAAUGUAGGACUCUGUAAAGCUGCUGCAGUAGUGGGGGUGGACAGUUCUGUUGCUUCCAAGAUAAUGACUAUACUAGAUUAUGGACUGAAGACCCCACACUUACCUAGCAGGAUAUCAGCAUUACAUGGGAUCCUGUACUUACUAGAGGCAGGGAUACAGGAGACCACCAAACAAAUCAUCCCAUUGGCCACUGACUUCCUCUUGAAAAAUCUUUCAUCAGUAAACCAGACAUGUAUAACAAGCCAAACCUAUGUUCUGACAAUGUGGGCAACAGCAUUCUACAUCAUGGAAAACUAUCAUGUGGAUCUCAAAGAUUUAGAAUUUCCAAGCAAAAUAUUACAGUUUGCAGUAACAACAGCUUCAGGAAACGAAGAGAGUGUAUCUACCGCUGUCUAUCUAGCUAUAUUGAAAGGUCUAGAGAGACUCCUAUUGACAGAUGUAUUGUCACAACAAGAUUCAGAAGUCAUCAUGAAGUUAGGUGUAGAUAGACUGUGUCUUCCUAGUCCACAAAGAUCUUUAGCAGCCCUUGGUUUGGUGUUUACUUGUAUGUAUUCUGGUAAGCAGUAUGACCAAUACAGCCCAGUACCCAGAGAUACCUCUAAGAAUACAAGUGCCUAUAACUUUGAUGCUGUCUAUCAGGAUCCAGAAUCUCUGAUAUUAGCUAUGGAAAGAGUUACUGUUCUAUUUGAUAGAAUAAAGAAGGGUUACCCAUAUGAAGCUAGAGUGAUAACUAGGGUCCUUCCAACAUUCCUGGCAGAUUUCUUUCCACCACAAGACAUAAUGAACAAAGUUAUAGGAGAAUUUAUUUCUAGUCAACAACCCUACCCUAAACUAGUGGCUCAAGUUGUUUUUCAGGUUUUCAGCAAUUUACAUGACCAAGCGCAGACAUUACUGGUACAAGACUGGGUUAUGUUAUCAUUAUCUAACUUUACACAGCGUACUCCUAUUUCAUUGGCUGUUUGGAGUCUGACAUGUUUCUUCAUCAGUGCAUCAACCAAUCGAUGGCUUCGAUCUCUAUUUCCUCAUGUUGUAAAUAGAAUGGGUAAAAUGGAAGUUGUAGACACUAGGUUAUUCUGUGUUGCAGCAAUGAGUUUCUACAAUCAAUUAACUGAUGAUGCUCAGCUUCGAGCUUUUGUAUCAACAUUCCAGAUGGUCAUUUCAUUAGGUGCACCAUAUACCCAGUUGUUAGAGCUUCUUUCUGAUAGUAAGAAGUGAUAUCUUAUAUAGAUAUACAUUUAUGUGUAUAUUUUGAUACAAUAUUAUUAAGGCUGACAUAUAGGACCAAUAACCAAGAUUUAUUUAACCAUGAUAUCUUAAGCUGCCAUAUUGUUACACUCGUUGUAUAAUGUUGUGACUCAUGAUUUAGAAACCUGUCAUAUUGAUAUACUGUGGAUUCAUUUCUUCUUGUGGUAUACCAAUUUUCAUGGAUUUUGAGGGUAAAGGGGAACUACAAAUUUCAAUGAUCACAGUUUUAACCACAAAAUCAAAUUUUAAAGUGAACAAAAAUUGCUUUUGCUUCAUCCAUGAAAAUUGGUUAUCACAAAAAUAAAUGAGUCCUUGAAAAAGUACUAGAAAUUUAUUACUUUUGAGUAGCAAAAGUACUCAGGGUCUUUUUACAACCGUUUCUGAGUGUUUUAAGUUUCAUUCUAAAAGUUAAUGGAUGUGCCGUAAGACAUUAAUUUGUACUGUGUACACUUAUUACACUUUUCUGUUUCAAUUGAUAGUUAAAGUUCAGUAGUAUUUUUCUGUUAUAACUUUAUAUUAAUUGAAUGUUGCUGCACUUUGUGUGAAUAUUGGAUGCCAUCAGUAAACUAUUUGUAUUGUUAUGUUAGUUGCUAGUCAUCGUGGUAUAUGAUAUUAGUGGUUUAAGAUUCAGGAAGGAUGUCUAGAGUGGUAACAUGUGUAACUGACUUGACUUGCUAGUCAUAGUGGUAUAUGAUAUUAGUGGUUUAAGAUUCAGGAAGGAUGUCUAGAGUGGUAACAUGUGUAACUGAC